AUGUCAGACUACAUUUGGUUUGAAGGAAUACCUUUCCCUGCUAUAGGGUAUGAAAAAAAAAUAAUUGAAGAAAGUCGUGAUAAGUUUGUGAUCAGAGAUGAAGACACAGUCAUACUGACUUACCCAAAGUCAGGAACUAACUGGCUGAUUGAGAUUGUUUGCUUGAUUCAGACCAAGGGGAAUCCCAAAUGGAUCCAAUCUGUGCCCGUCUGGGAACGCUCACCCUGGAUAGAGACUCAAAAUGGAUAUGCAAUGUUAAUCAAUAAGGAAGGACCAUGCCUCAUGAGCUCCCACCUUCCUAUUCAUCUUUUCCCCAAAUCUUUCUUCAGAUCCAAGGCCAAGUUCAGUGUGAUCUAUGUUUUCAGAAAUCCUAGAGAUGUUCUUGUGUCUGGUUAUUUUUUCUGGGAUAAGUCAAACCUUAUUAAGAUGCCAGAGUCACUAGAAACUUACUUUGAAUGGUUCCUCAAAGGAAAUGUGCCAUAUGGAUCAUGGUUUGAGCACACCUGUUCCUGGCUGUCUAUGAGAGAAAGGGACAACUUCCUGGUACUGAGCUAUGAAGACAUGAAAAAGAGUACAAGGGGAACCAUAGAGAAGAUCUGUGACUUCCUAGGAAGGAAACUGGAGCCAGAUGAGCUAGAUCUGGUCCUCAAGUACAGCUCCUUCCAAGCCAUGAAAGAAAAAAAUGUGUCUAAUUUUAGUCUCAUCAUUAAAGAUGUGAUUAUUAAUGGUUUGGCCCUCAUGAGAAAAGGUGUGGCUGGGGACUGGAAGAAUCACUUUACAGUAGCUCAAGCUGAAACCUUUGAUAAAGUAUUCCAGGAGAAAAUGGCUGGUUUUCCUCCAGGGCUGUUUCCAUGGAAAUAA